UAAGUGGGCGGGAUUUGGGCGGCGCGGUUCUCCGUAGGCGUCUCCCUGAAGAGCGCAAUCCUGGAGGAAAGGUUCGCUGCUUGACAGCUCGCGUUGUCCUCGAUUUAUCUAUAAACCAGGAACAUGGAUGUUACACGCUGUUUCCUGCCUUAAAUCUCAUCCUGUUUCAGGCUUUUUUCGGUUUCCUCUGGUCACUACAAUGUCCGUCGUCAUCGCAAUGGCACGCGUCCGCCGGAGCCGCUCCAAUAAUGGCACAUGAAUCCAGGCCCAACCCAUCCUUGAAACCUAGUUUUCCAUAAAAGCUGACGGCUUCUUUCUCAGAAUAUAGAGAAAGUCCCAGCUGUGUCACCCCGUCAUUUACUGACAGUGACUGAGCUUUGACCUGGACUCAGCACCUGGGCUUUGUCUGUCAUGUCUAGCCCCAGCAGUAGUCCAGAGAGAGAGGGAGGGGUCUCAGGGUCAGUUCAGCUGGAAAACCUCGGCUCUCCAGCAGGUCAGGAGGCUGACCCGCUCUCUGUUGGCAGCCCUCUGCUGAGCCCAGACUCCAGUUCCCAUGAUGCUGCUCUAUCUGCACCAGCAGUUUCGCCUGCUGACUCAGAGAAUCUCAGUCCAGAUGAACUGGAGCUGCUGGCUAAAUUGGAAGAACAGAAUAGGCUCCUGGAGGCCGAUUCCAAGUCCAUGCGCUCUAUGAGCGGAUCUCGCAGGAACAGCGGCUCCUCGCUGGUGUCCAGCUCCUCUGCCUCGUCCAACCUCUCGCACCUGGAGGAGGACACCUGGAUCCUGUGGGGACGCAUCGUUAACGAGUGGGAUGAGUGGAGACGCAAGAAAGACAAAUUACUCAAGGAACUGAUAAGGAAGGGGAUCCCACAUCACUUCCGGGCAAUCGUGUGGCAGCUGCUGGGCAACGCCACAGACAUGCCAGUGAAGAACCAAUACUCAGAGCUGCUGAAGAUGUCGUCACCCUGCGAGAAGCUCAUUCGCAGGGACAUCGCUCGUACUUAUCCUGAGCAUGAGUUCUUCAAAGGGCAGGACAGUCUGGGUCAGGAGGUCCUCUUUAACGUCAUGAAGGCAUACUCCCUAGUGGAUCGUGAGGUAGGAUACUGUCAGGGCAGUGCUUUUAUUGUUGGGCUACUUCUCAUGCAGAUGCCAGAGGAGGAGGCAUUUUGCGUGUUUGUACGGCUGAUGCAGGAGUACAGACUCAGAGAACUCUUUAAACCGAGCAUGGCAGAGCUGGGCCUCUGCAUAUACCAGUUUGAAUACCUGCUGCAGGAGCAGCUGCCGGAGUUGAAUGUGCAUUUUCGCUCGCAAAGUUUUCACACCUCCAUGUAUGCAUCAUCAUGGUUCCUGACACUCUUCCUCACCUUUCUUCCUCUGCCCAUUGCCACACGUAUUUUCGAUAUCUUCAUGUAUGAGGGUCUGGAGAUUAUAUUUCGAGUAGGAAUGGCUAUUUUACAGUACAACCAGACCGACCUCAUACAGCUGGACAUGGAGGGCAUGUCACAGCACUUUCAGAAGGUGAUUCCUCACCAGUUUGACAGCUGCCCUGAUAAACUCGUCCUUCGAGCUUAUCAAAUUAAAUACAACCCCAAGAAGAUGAAAAAAUUGGAAAAGGAGUAUACCACCAUCAAAAACAAAGAGAUGGAGGAACAGAUUGAAAUAAAGCGACUACGCACAGAGAACCGACUGUUAAAGCAGAGGAUUGAGACGCUGGAGAAGGAGAGUGCCGCACUGGCAGACAGGUUGAUCCAGGGUCAAGUGACAAGAGCGCAGGAAGCGGAGGAGAAUUAUGUGAUAAAACGUGAAUUAGCGGUAGUGCGGCAACAGUGCACGACAGCCAGCGAGAGCCUGGAGAGAGCACAGGACACUAUACGGGAAUUGCAACAACACACGUAUACAGAGCAGUUUGUUAACGGGCUGCAGGCUCAGCUCGAGCAGUCUCGCCUUCAGGAAGCAGAGCUUCUCAGCGCACUAAAGGAGAUGCAGGACAAAGUGCUGGAUCUCGAGAAGAGGAGCAGUUCCCUGCCCGAUGAGACGAAUGUAGCGCAGCUACAAGAGGAGCUGAAACAGGUCAAGCUAAGAGAGCUGGAGAUGCUGCACUCCUUCAAAGAGAUGCAGGAUGUUGUCACUGAACUCAACCAGCACUGGCAGCACUACACAUCACGUGGUGGCCACUGGAAAGAGUCUCCUAAGAAAAAUGCCCUGAAUGAAAUGCAGGACAAACUGAUGAGCAUGAGACUGAGAGAGGCUCACACACAGGCUGAGGUCAAAGAGGUCAAACUUAAAAACCUGCAGCUGGAGAGCCAGAAUCAGAUCUACAGCAAAGCAAUGACCCGUCACGAGCAGGAGAGCGCCGCCCUGCAGGAGAGACUACAGAACGCUUUAUCACACAACAAGUGUCUGCAGAGUCAGCUCAGCGAAAUGAAGAGGAAACAGGCUGAGUCAGACUGCAAGAGUAAAGAGGAGGUGAUGGCGGUGCGUCUCAGAGAGGCAGACAGCAUGGCGGCCAUGGCUGAACUCCGGCAGAAAAUAGCUGAGCUAGAAUUGCAAAAAGAGGAAGGGUUGAUACAAGGUCAGCUGAAUCAUUCUGACUCCAGACAGUACAUUGAUCAAUUGAGGGAACAGAUUGCUGAACUCAAGAAUGAGAUAAGGCAGCUACGUGGUCAGCCCUCCAAAUUUCAGAACUCCGGAAGCGGAGCCUAUCAGGACCUGUGUCUGGCGAGCCCAGGUUCUGCAGAGGGAGACUACCUGAGUUCAGACGAUGAUCUUCUGCAGAGCCCACUGCCUGGCACAGCGCUGUAUCCACACCAUACCUCCACCAAUCUGGACAGCGAGGGCAGCACUGAGAGUGACGGAGAUGAGAGAAACGAACCCCACUCCACCCUCCAGUGUCAGGACACCACACCCACCCAGCAGCAGCUUUAUCCAGAUAUGGUGUACAACGAGGCCCCUGAAAACUAAAUUGGGAGGCGGGUGGUAUUGGGGUGGAGCAGAGAGGUCAGAAGUGCAAAAGAACUAAAUCAUGGGGAGGAGAAACUCGGUGCACACCCAUGAAGAUGAGUGAUGAAAAUGAAUACACACACGUGCACAGAUGCUGACACACUCCCCUGUGAAAAGAGCUGAAAGGCAUAACUCUUGUUUGAGUCCAGGCAUGUACAUACAGAGAGGUCAACAUCCUUUCCUUCAUGUGUCCCCAUUUUUCCAUCUCUCCUCCUUUCCCUAGGUAAAGGUCAAACAUGGUUCUGAAACUUCUACUAACACCAAUCAGCAACAGCUUUAGACACACACUUACAGUACAUAAAUGCACACAAACACAUAUCUAGGGCCCUAGUUCACAAAUGGAGAAACUAAAGUAACACAUUCUACUGUUAACGCAGUAACUCAGGCAGUAAGAGAGGCAUGAUAGUGAAAAGGGUUUGCAUGUGUUUUUUAAGAAGGUUUGUGCAGUGGUGUUUUCAUAGUCUCAUGAAGCAUCAUUAGUCUUCUUGAGCUGUUAGAGCUAUGAUGUGUAAAUGAUACUUCAGCUUGCUGAUCAACAUGUUUGAGAUUUCUUCUUACAAAUCGAUUCAGUGUAGUAUAUAUUUAUUUUGUAGCUAGGAGAAGAUACGAUAUAUCGAUGUGGAGGCAUUUACAGUAAACAUCCACUGCCAAGUGGCUUUUUUUUACAUUUUUUAAAUAAAGUCAGUAAGCUAGUUUCUUGAGAUCUGUGGAAAAGAGAUGAUAAUCUAAAAUUGUGAUUGAAAAUACCACUGCAUAUGUACAUUUGGGGAAAAAGAGUAGGCAAAAUAAGGAAAAAAGUAUUAUUACGUUUGUGUAACCAUUAAUUUAAAAAAUAAAUACGGCCCUUUCUGUUAUCACUACCAUGAAUUAGCUUCAGAUUUAUCCGUCCGUCAUUCUUUUUACUGAAUUGACACAACAAUAAAUCUGUAGCAUCAGUUAUCGUGGAGAUGGACGAUAUGAAUCACUAGAUAUCCUGAGGGGAGAGUGCAGCAGAGAGGCUGAAUGGUGAAUCCACAAUACAAACCUCUGACAGAAAAAUAUUGGGAGCCCUAUCGAGUCAAAAAAGGUCAGGAGCAUUAUAUACGCUGCACACAGUCUUGUCUGAACAGCAGUUCUCUAUCCACAGGAGUGCAUUUUUGACAUAUAUUGAAACACACACCAAUCACUUUAUAAGAAGGAGGGGAAAAUACAGACAGAAGUUUGACAUACACACAUUUGUUGUAUGUUUGUAUGUUAAUAGAUGUUAAUAGAAGCAUAGGUCAAAAAUACUAAAUUAUCUACUGUAGCUAAUCUGUGUUUGUAUGUGUCUCCGUGCAAAAAAAGAAAGAAAAAAAAACAAGGAAUUUUUGGACGCUAAAAUUUCAUUUCUUUAUUGAAAAAGAACACAAAGCUACAAAAACAAUAUCUCAAACUUGCCAAAUUUGGCAUUAUGUUUUUUUUGUUUGUUUGUUUGUUUUUUUGUUUAUACAUAUAUUGAAAACAACAUCAAUAUAAUUAUGAUCCUUGAUUUUUUUUCUCAUGUGUGCCAAAUUGUAAAAAAAAAAAAAUUCAAAAAAUUACCAUUUAGCUGAAAUAAGAACAUUUCUAACACAUGCUGCUAGUUUUUUUUUUUAAGAUAUCCCUUAUGUUUUCAUAUAUGCACAUUUUCUAACAGUCCUAAUCCCAUUUAGUGUCAGUGUGCUAAUGUACACUAUGUAAAUACUUGAGGAUUACUUGAAUUUAAUGUUUUAUAUAUGAUAUAUAAUGUUCCAUGGGACAGUCCAGUCAUUUUCCCUCCUAUUUUAGUGUAAAAUCUGUUAAAUAAACUGGUCAACAUUCAUUUUUGGAUUUGGCACCAAACACUGCUACCAGUGAAUAUAAUGUGUAAAUUCCACUGUGCUUUCUUUGACCACAUUUCAGAAUAUUUAAAAAAAAAAUAUUGAAUUCAAAGAUAUGAUUUGUUAGUAAAAGUAUCUUGUUAUUUGUUUUAAGUACAUGUCUCUUUUUACCUUGGUUGCGUGAAACAGGACCACGGCGUCUAUGUUCCUCAUUGUGCUGACACUUCGUGUGGCAUUCUCUUCUUCAUUUUUCUCGUCAUUGCUCAAAUAGAUUUUAUAGGAAUUUCUCUUGACAGUACAUUUAUCUGUGAAUUCACCUGAUUUCAGCAUUGCCUUAUUCAGUUUUUCAAGUAUGUUUUUAAAAGUACUCGACACACACCAUGCUCAGCUUUGAACCAGAUUUGUGGUAGGGUGAAUAAUUAAGGACAGAUGCCUAAAAAAGGUUAAAAAAAAAAUCACUAAAUCUGUAAACAAACUUUUUUUUUUUUUAAACAUAUAUAUGUAUGGUACAUUACAGAGAGUACUGUGAGAGAUGGGUUUGAUGUAUACUGUAUAAAGAAAAUGAACAAUUAAGCCCGUUGUCGAAGAGCAGCAUGUCUGUGUGUGAGCAGUAGAUGUCUGACGUCUGUUCUGAUGAGGGUAUGGGUUUUUACACGGAUAUGUUGUAUGACAAGCAGAUACCAUCUUUGAAAUUUGAUAUUUGUGUCAUUUAGCCUGAAUUUUAUAGGAGGAAAUCUAUGAAACCUAAAAAUUGGGUUAAAGCAGAUUUAAACAAACAAAAAAAAAAACUACUGCUGUGUUGGGGUAAGGGAUUUAAUGUAGCAUUUUUUGAAAUUUUCACAGGAAGUUGGGCUCAUAUCAUGGUCUUCUUACAUCAUGUCUAACUGUUUUGUGGUUGACGUUUGCCUUCCAGAGAAUGUUGACCAAUCAGUGUGUGUGUAUGUGUGUGUGCAUGUUUGUGGAGGGACCUGUACAAAUAUCAGUUUGUUGAGUCUAAGCGAGAUCAUUGUUUGGGUGGAUACAACAUGGCAAACUGCAAACAUAUCCAACUUGGAAGAGUAUAUUGUGGAUCAUUUAAAUGGACAAAAAAAUCUGUUGGUUUAUAGCCCAAACCUUAAUACGAACAAAUAUCAGAUGACCUCGUACCUGUAUCUCAUUCACAGUGUUGGUCACAUACACUAUAUCCAUGGUGCUAAAAAGUGUGUGUUUCACAAAUAAUCAACUAGAAUUGUUUCACCUGCCAUCACUGUGAUACUGGAAGUUUACAUAUAUUUGCUUUGUUCAUAGCCUUUAAUUUAUUACAAUCAUGGUUUCAGUGAACCAUGAUUGACAUUUUGUGGGGUUUCCAGAUCCCUGUUUGGUGCCAUAAAACUCAUUCCAUCAGAAGAGAUGUAUUGCAUAUUUAUUACACACUUAUCAUGUACAAACCUUUUCAACUGUUUCUAAUGUUAAAUGCUUGCAACAUUGGUGUCACCAAAGACUGCUAACUAUUGCCGGUAAUGAUAAGUUGAAAUAGCAAAAAUCUAUUGAGUCUCAUUCAGAAUCAGUAAACCACUUUUGCUAUUUUGUUUCUUAUUGCAUAUUGUUUCCUUCCCAAAUACAUAAGGUCACACCAAAUCUACCCAUUGUUUCUUCCCCUUUGUUUUCCCUACCUGCCCUUUGUGUCCUCUUCAGUGUUUUUACAUCUGAAACAUUUGUACGAAGUCAAAAUGUGUGGAAGCUGUUAAAGUGGCUUGUAAUGGCCAAUGUGAGUUUCUUCCCUUCCCCAGUCACCUUCAUGAAGUAUUAGAAGUAUUAAAAAGAAACAAUUUGGGUCUCUUUUAUGCCCUCCAAAUCCAGUUCAAUAUCUCUUGAAGUUCAACGGAUGUCUUGUCAAAUAUUACAUAAAUUACAUUCAUAAAAAUAUAUAAUAAUAAAAAUAGUAUUUAAUGAUGACUCUGUGUUCUGUACUUGAAUGAUAUCCUGAAAAAAAAAAUAAACAUUUACACUAUUCUCAAA